GAAGAUCCGACGGCACGUCGACGAAGCGACGAACCUGGCGGUGCGCGCCACGAGCGGGCUGUCGAGCGCCGCGCUCGGCAGUAGCAGCAGCAACCUAAGCCACCACGGCCUGCUGGGGCCGGCGGCGGCGGCGCUGGGCAUGGGUGUGGGCGGCGGCGGCGGCGGCGGCGGCGGCGGCGGGUUCGGCGCGGGCAGCGGAGGGGGGACGCUGAGCCGCGAGCGCAAGCACCGCAUGCGCGAGCUGGCGACGGGCAAGCUGGCGGCGGCGUACCGGCUGGACGAGAUUGCGGCGAGUGUAGCGACGAUGCAGGGCGCGAGCACGCUCGAGGACGUGGCGCAACUGGUUCUGCAGCGAAGCCCGCACGACGGCGACGCCCGCUACGUGCACUUCUUCCACGAGAAGAUGCCGAGCCGCAUGAUGGCGCAGUGCACGGCGCUGGCCACGCUCGACGACCUGGUGGCCGAGCGCCCGACCGACCCCAGUGCCCUGCGCACCCGCGCCCUGACGCGCCUCUUCACCGACGACUACCGCCACAGCGCCCGCGACCUGACCGACGCGCUCGCGACGGCCCGCUACCUGCAGGCGCAGCACCGGCGGGCCCAGGACCAGCUGGUGUCGGGGACGGCGCACCAGAACCGCAGCAGCAACUCUGUCAGCAACUCUGCCAGCCACUCGGCCAGCCACUCGGCCAGCCACUCGGCCAGCAACUCUGCCAGCAACCCCGCCCGCGACUGGCGCAGCGAGCCCGCCGUCGCCGACGAGGACCAGCCGAGCUCGCUCGAGGCGCAGCUGCUCUUCCACCGCGCGGGCGUCUACCUGGCCCUCGCCUGCGGCCACGUCCCCGCUGCCCUCGACGGCCUGCAGGCCCAGGAGGAGGCGGCCGCCGCGCGCGAGGCCCAGGCGGCCGCCGGCGAGCAGCCGACGCCCGAGACGCCCGACGCCGCCGCCGCCCGCCUGUCCCGCGCAGAGAGCCGCAAGCAGCUGCGCCAGAACGCAAAGCGCGCCCUGCGCGACUACACGGCCUUUGUCGCCCACUUUGACUACACCCCGGGCCUCUCCGCGGCCGCCGCCGACGACUUUCUGCGCCGCUACCACUCGCACGUCCACGCCCACUCGCACGUCCACGCCCACUCGCACGCCCACGCCCACUCGCACGCCCACGUCCACGCCCACGCCCACGCCCACACCCACACCCACACCCACACCCGCGCCGACGCCGACGCCGACGCCGGCAACGACUACCAGGCCAGGCUCGACCGCCUGCUCGACGAGUCGGCCUCGGACGCCGCCCUCGUCCCCUACAAGAAGCCCGCCGCCUGGCCGGACCUGCCGCCGCCGCCCGUCUUCACCCUGGACCAGCUGUUCGACGCGGCUCCCCCGUCCGCCCUGCCGCCGUAUCCUCUGCCGCCCAACACCCCGCCCUCGCCGCUCCCGGCGAACGAAUGCCUGACCUACCACCCGCUGCUGCCGGACGCGCUGCACUCGCUGCUCCUCGUCCACUCGCUGCUCCAGACGCCGCCCAAGGAGCUGCUGCGCCACGCCCACAACGCCGCCCGCCUGGCCCGCCUCCUCGACGGCUACCCUAUAUUCCUGGCCGCGCGCAGCCCCGCGCGGAGUGACUGGGUCGAAGUGCUGCGACGAGGCCAGAACUGGAUCGGCCUGGCUUGCUCGUGGGAGAAGCUGUGCCGGCCGCCUGCGCCGCCUGCAGACACUCCGAACGGGCACACGGCGAGCGGGACGGUGGCACGGACGGGCGGGGCUGGCAGAGGCGGCGGACGCGAAAAGGAAGAGACAAAGGAGCAGCGGCGAGAGCGGCAGAAACACGAGGCCAUUCUCGAAGCGCUCGCUGACGAGCGCGUCGUGGACGAGGAGAGCUUCCAGCGCGCCGUGCGGGCGCGCGAGAAGCGCUUCCGAGACGACGACAGGGCCGAGGCCGCCAUGCAGCAGCGCGCCGACGAGCUGACAGUGCCCACCGGCGUCUCCAACGGCAGUCACGGCGACAGGCCAGACCCCACGCGCCCCAAACGCUGGGCCCAGGACCGGACCCGCGAGUACCCCAUCAGCACCGAGCGCGCCGAGGCCAUCUCGCGAUGGGUCCGCGACGCCCCGCCGCUCACGUCGGCGAACAACACGGGCAGGAAGAAGAGAAGACGGAAGGGGGCGGGGACCCACGCUGCGCUGGCCCAGGCGCACACCGCGCCGCUGGAGGGGAGUGUCGCGAGUCUGCAGAUCGAGGACGUCGAGUAGCACUUGUCCGGGCUCGUCAGACUCGAGUGCUAGUAGUGGGAGGAGUAGUAGUGCAGCACUACUACAGGAGCAUUGUAGGAGCAUUGUAGGAGCAUUGCAGAGCAUUGCAGAGCAUUGCAGAGCAUUGUAAGAGCAUCGCAGAGCAUCGCAGAGCAUUGUAAGAGCAUCGCAGAGCAUUGUAGAGCAUUGUAGGAGCAUCGCAGGAGCACUACCAUGCAUACAAGACUUCUUCCUCGCCUCACCAUGUUACGUCUACCCCCUACAUCUUUGCCUCGCUACAGUACCAAUGCAACCCGUACACC